AUGGGAAGCAUGAUGGCUGGUACGUAUUUAUUGAUUAUUUUGUUAUGUUCUUAUUCUAUGCUGCCUUUGAACAGUGGGAUAGUAUCAUGGGACCAGGUUUUGAGGCAUGCCAAGCUACGUAAAAAAUACGUAUCUCUUUAUGCUUCUCUCCUUAAAUUCAGCGCCAGUUGGUUGCUGGCACACGACAAUGAAGACAUUAAGAAACUAGAUCGUGAGCUUGAUAUUAAUGUGAUUCUUCAGUGGAGGUAA